UUAAAAUUUGUUGGUAAUAUAUUUUUAUAAUUUCGAAUGUUAUUAAUAAGAAGAAGAAUAUUUAUCUUGACAAAGCAUAAUUUAUGUGAUUAUAAAAUAUGAUAAUGGUAAUAAUAAUGAUGAAUCAUGUGUGUUACAUGAUCGACAGACAAAACUGUCGUAAAAGCUAAUAAUUAAUGUUAAAAAGUAGAUAAUGAUUGUAUCUUUUAUAAUAAUUGCAACAAAUACAAAGCAAAUAGUGAGAUAAUGAAUAUUAUUCGAUAUAUUUAUGGAUCUACUUUUUAGAAAUUUAAUGAAUACAAUGGAUUUUAAGCAUGUAUAGUACGAAGAUGAAAUUAAGUUCUACGACUCAUAAUUGAUGUCAAUUGCGACUUAAUCUUUCUUGAUAGUUAAAACGGAAGGCUGGAAAGUUUUAAGUAUUUUAUUUGUUCUGUCCAGUUAGGUAUAUUGUACUUUUAUAAAUAAAAUAAUAUAUUUAUAAAAAAAAAAAUAAUUCCUUUCAUAAAAAAUAAUGGAACAUAAUUUUCUAAAUAAAUUCAAGGUUUUAUAAUUAUUAAAUUAAUUAUAUUUUUAUGAUUGAAUUAAUUAUUAUUAUUCAGGUCUAUUAUUAGAUUGUAAAAAUAGUCAAUUAUGAAUGAAAAAUAGUAACUAGACUUUGUAUGAAAUUAAUCAAAAUAAUUUAUGUCAUAGAUUAUAAUCGAUUAUCUGUCGAGAAGCUUUUUAUUAUGGUAAUGGUCUGUUUUAUGACAAUAUUGCAAAUGUUACGAAUUGAAGAAGUGGUGAAGUCAAAACAUUUUACAAUCAAUGAUUAAUUUUGUUCAAAUUUAAAAUAUUAUUAUAUAAAUUAAAGAUCAUUUUACUUAAAAUCUAUAAGCUUUUAUAAAAUAAACAUUUCAAAUUUGUGUAUGAUAAAACAAUAUUGAAUAUAAAACAAUGAAAAAUAAUACAAAAAGUCCAAUUGGAUUGGGAACCAAACUCUUUCUUUAUUUCAAUAUAUAUUUUUGGACAAUAGUAGGCCUUAUGCCUUGGAGUAUAAGAAUUUCAGAAUUGAAUGAAAAACGUGGAACAGAGAUCAAUGAUAGUCCAUUUGUUAUUUCAUUUUGGGGAUCAGCUUAUAAUAUUAUUCUAAUAAUUACUCAAAUUAUUAUAUAUAUAGUUGUAUUUCCAAACAUAAAAGGAUUCUAUGAUCAAAUACUUCUUUCUGAUUCAGUCAAAUAUGCCCAACUUGGCAUAGUAAUUUUACAAAAUAUAUCUGUGAUUUGUAUGUGGUCUAUGUAUGUUUUACGUCAACAAAUAAUAAUAUUAUUUGGUAUCCAAUUAAGAAAUGUCGAUACAAUAUUAACAAAUUGUGUUGAAUAUGAGCUUAAUAAGAAUGUUUAUCCCUAUUAUAUUAUCAUUUUAAAUUUCUUAGUAUGUACUUUUGUGUUGAUAAAUAGUGGAAUGCAUUGGCCCCCUUCAGCAGUGGUUGACUGGACAAUACCAACAAUCGUUAGUAUUUUAAUAUUGGUACAAUAUUCAAUGUCAUUAAAUUUAAUUAAUGAACGUUUGAAAAAUAUUAAUCGAACAAUUUUAAAGCUUGGAAAGAUUUCAAAAAAAUAUGAAUUUCAAAUAUUCUCAGUAACGAAAUGGCCAAUUCAGAAAUCAGUUUUAUCACAAAUAAUAAACUUAAAAUAUGCCUACAUUGAAUUAUGGAAUGCAAAUAAUAAUCUCACAAGUUUUUUUGGAUUACCUAUAUUAUUUAGUUUAAUUUAUUUUGUAUCCAUCUUGGUAUUUUGUUCUUAUUAUAUACUGUUGUAUAAUGUAUUUGCUGAAAAUAAACAGACAAGAGAUAUGGUGGAUGAUCUUUGGUAUAUCGUUAUAAUAUGUCCACUUUUGACAUUAGCUGCUAUGGUCAACAAUACUUCAAGAAAGAUGAAGCAAACUAUUGAAAAUAUUCAUUGGGUUUUGAAUUCAUGUACGACAUCAGGAGAAGUUGAAAAUGCGUUGGUUCGAUUUUCUCAAGAACUUUUGAAUCGAAAAGCAGAUUUUGGUAUUUAUGGAGUAAUUAAUUUGGAUGGUUCAUUGUUAUCAUCAAUUAGCAUUAUUCCAGAUAAUCUUCAUUGGCUCUUGAAUCUAUGUUCAAUGUCUGAAGACAUGGAGAAUGCGCUGAUGGAUUUUUCUUAUGACCUUUUGCGUCGAAAAAUAAACUUCACUGCAUACGGAAUUAUUCCAUUGGAUGGCUCUUUACUAUUUUCAAUGGUAGGAAGUACUAUUACUUAUCUUGUUAUCUUUCUCCAAUUUCAAUCGAAAUAA